AUGAGUGCUAUUAUUUUUGGACUUAUUGCUACAACUACUAGUAAAACAUUAAUUAAACGUGGUUCUAGUUAUGGUGAUGAAAUGAUAACACCAUCUCCAUAUAUUCAAUCAACAGAAGGUCCAUAUGCUGCUCCUGGAUUGGCUCCUGUUGAACAAAAUUAUGUUGAAGCUAAACAAGAUUAUGCUCCUGUAAUUGAACCAAAAAUUGAACAAUCUGGAUAUAGGAAAAAAAAAUCAUCUGGUUAUGGUGAUGAGUUAGUCACUCCAGAACCUAUUACAUCACUUCAAUAUAGUAUUGAGGAAUCAGUUCCUACCACAGCUCCAGAAUAUGUUCCUAUUACAGAGAAAAAUAAUUAUAAUGCUGGUUAUGGUCCUUCUCCACAACCUUCCGGUUAUUAA